GCAACACCUCCACCAGGUGUGUGAUUGGCCAGCCAAUUAGGCAGCAAUGGCAGCUAUAUGUAAGCUGCAGCCUUGGCACAUUUGCCCAGUGCUAACAAAACAAAAAGAGUCAAAUCAGGCGUGAUGUAUCAGCAAGCACCUGCGUUGUGUUUCCUCCUGAUUCUGAUGUGCCAUGGAGAAACUGUUGAGCCAAAAUCUUCUCCUCACGUGGGCCAAAAAGGACGACUUCACUUCAGCAAUGUUUUGCCUCAGCAGGGACCCGCACGGCCCGGCUUGCUUGAUCUCGCUUUAGAUAAAGCGACUGAAGCAAAGCCCGCUGCUGUGUCGAGCGGCGUACUGGAUGCCAAACUCAAACGCAUGGAUCCCUCAGUGCAAUGUCGUGACAACGCCAUGACUCUGAGGGUCACACAGGCCAGAGUGCCUCAUUUUCUUGUGGACAGCGGUGAGGGAACUCUCAUCCCAGUGUCUAAAAUGGCCUCUGGAUGUGGAUUCUCCUUGAGGAGGUCCCGCAGAGAUGUGCUCUUGGAUGCUCCUUACCAGGGAUGCUAUGUCACCAGACAGGGUGGUGACUAUGUACUGCCGCUUCGACUGUGGGGGGCCCCAAUGACCAUGUCAUGCCCUGCCGUGUCAAGGCCACCCUCCGUUUCCUGUUUCCCUGCCAGAAUGGUGGUCAGGAUUGGUGGCGUUACAGAAAAUGAGGUCAAAGUGAAAGUGUCUGACACAUGGAGGUUCCUGUCGUCAAUGUGCAACACUUGUGGGUUGGCCAUAGAAGUGUACUCUGGAGGACUGUCCCUCACUGCCCCCUACCACAAAGGCUUGUGCAUAGAGACUAAGGACGAUGUGCAUUCUCUGUCGCUUCUUCUGACUGACGUUGAGCUGUCAGCCUCGUGCCCUUCCUUAGCUGAGAACCGGCCAACAACAGCAAAGACGCCCUCUAGUGAUGACCCCCAGUUAGUGUCAAGUCCCGUGGUGCCCUCGCAUGCAUUACCACGCUCUCAAUUACAUGCUGCUCCACAUUCCUGGAUAAACACACAGCACCAAGGCGUGCCUGCGAUGAUGUCUGAGUUGUCGCCUCACUACUGGUUUCCCGGAUAUGCAACGCUAGCGCCACUCAAGAACCCUGGAGCUCACCCUGCCUUUUUGCAGCCACAUUACGGCUUUCCUUAUGUCCCACAAUUCCAUAUAGCACCUUGGCUUUACCAGUCAGCACCCUCUCCUGCGCCUGCUGUCACCACCACUACGACAGAGGCUAUGCUAACCACAGAAGCCCCCACUCGGCAUGACCAAAAAGCACUUCCAAAACAGCUGUGGCAGCCAGAUGGUCAAAUUCAAACGGAUAGUGAUCCUGAGAAGACCCACUUGGAACUGACGGCACCACAUGUGUACCCCCGGGCUUAUCGGAUCCCUGUUUUGUACCCCCCAGGGAAAUAUUUCUCUCGCCAACAAAACAAGCCCUUUUACUACCCGCCGCCUUAUCUGCCGCUGUACUACCCCCCUCUCCAGAAGAUUCAUGGAUUUGCAGACCCUCCAGCCAACCAUCCCUCAUAGACUAGACUAACAGCUUGAGUGACACGCUCACGCAAUCCCCUUCUCAGCUAAAGUCACGCAGGAGCUGGUGACAAGUGACGCUUCCCAGGAAGGUCACAGCCAGACACUUUUUUUUUUUUUUUUUUUAAAUAUUUUUUUUGGCGUUGUACUUAACAAGAUGGACUCUUGGAAAGCCUGGGAAAUAAAAGGCGAUUCUUGAUUCCAGUUGUCUGAAUGUGUUAUUGAGGUGUGG